CUUUCUGGGAAGCCGUGACGCGGCGGGGCGGGGUCUGUCACGACACCGGAAGUGCGCCCCCCGCCGCCGCGAGGCCCAGGCGCUGACAGCGCGGCGCGAGGCGGCGCCCGCCCGGUCCGGUCCGGCCUGCCCCGGCCCCGACCCGUCCCGUCCCGUCCCGUCCCGUCCUCGGGCUCCGGCGCCGCUCCGGCCCUGCGCAGCCGAGAGGGGGCUGCAGCGCGCCGCAAGGCCUCGAAGCGGCGGGCCCGGCUCCCGGUGUGGCGGCGGCGGCGUCUGGCCCUCGCAGAUCACCCCAAAGGCACAAUGAGUGUCAAAGCUUUCAAGCUCGUUUCUGCUGUUGAGCGGGAGAUGUUAAUGGGAGACAAGGCUCACAUCAACAUUGAAUGCAUUGAGUGUUGUGGAAAGAACCUCUAUAUUGGAACCAAUGAUUGCUUUAUCUAUCACUUUCUGUUGGAUGAAAAGAUAUCAACAGCUGGAAAAAUAACUUUCUCUGCCACUAAGCAACUGCAUAAAUACCUGGGCUUCAAGAAGUCUGUGAGUGAGCUAAAAGCCGCUUCUGCACUCACCAGGCUUCUUGUGCUUUGUGACAACACGAUAACACUAGUUAACAUGAUGAACUUGGAACCUGUUCCCACUGGCGCUAGAAUCAAAGGAGCUGUGACAUUCACAUUAAAUGAAAAUCCUGUGAGCGGGGACCCUUUCUGUGUUGAAGUCUGCAUUAUCUCAGUCAAGCGUCGGACCAUUCAAAUGUUCAUGGUGUUUGAAGACAGAGUCCAGAUAGUGAAGGAAGUGUUUACUCCAGAGCAACCCUACGCUGUGGCUGUAGAUGGUCAUUACUUAUGUCUUGCACUUACUACACAGUAUAUCAUAUUGAAUUAUAAUACUGGCAUCUCCCAGGAUCUCUUUCCUUAUUGCAGCGAUGAGAAACGGCCAAUUGUGAAAAGGAUAGGCAGACAGGAGUUUCUGUUGGCUGGUCCUGGAGGCCUAGGCAUGUUUGCAACUGUAGAUGGCAUUUCACAGCGUGCCCCUGUGCACUGGUCGGAGAACGUGAUUGGAGCAGCCUUGUGUUUUCCUUACGUGGUUGCUCUAGAUGACGAGUUCAUUACAGUGCACAGCAUGCUGGACCAGCAGCAAAAGCAAACCCUACCUUUUAAAGAAGGUCACAUUCUGCAGGACUUUGAAGGCAAGGUAAUUGUUGCUACUAAUAAGGGUGUAUAUAUCUUGGUGCCACUACCUUUGGAAAAACAGAUUCAGGAUCUUCUAGCUAGCCACAGAGUGGAAGAAGCCCUUGUUUUAGCAAAAGGAGCUCGAAGGAAUAUUCCAAAAGAGAAGUUUCAGGUAAUGUACAAACGAAUCCUGCAGCAAGCAGGUUUUAUUCAGUUUGCACAGCUUCAGUUCCUUGAAGCAAAAGAGCUCUUCAGAAGCGGCCAGCUUGAUGUCCGGGAGCUGAUCUCUCUCUACCCCUUCCUGUUGCCUACUUCCUCUUCAUUUAUACGAUCUCAUCCCCCUCUGCAUGAGUAUGCUGACCUAAACCAGCUGACACAAGGGGACCAGGAGAAGAUGACAAAAUGCAAACGAUUCCUCAUGAGCUACUUAAAUGAAGUCCGCAGCACUGAUGUUGCAAAUGGCUACAAGGAAGAUAUUGACACAGCUUUACUUAAGUUAUAUGCAGAGGCAAAUCAUGAAAGUCUUCUGGAUCUGCUAGUUUCUGAGAAUUUUUGUCUUUUAACAGAUAGUGCUGCCUGGCUGGAAAAACACAAAAAGUAUUUUGCCCUUGGUCUCCUGUAUCACUACAAUGGUCAGGAUGCUGCAGCACUUCAGUUAUGGGUGAAAAUAGUUAAUGGAGACAUUCAAGACUCUACACGUUCAGAUCUCUAUGAAUACAUAGUGGACUUCCUUACAUUUUGCUCAGACCAAGAUCUAGUGUGGAAAUACUCUGAAUGGGCUUUACAGAAAAAUGAAGAGGUUGGAGUACAGAUUUUCACUAAAAGGCCUUUGGAAGAGCAGGAAAAAACCAUUAAUCCAGAUGAUAUCAUUGGUUGCCUUAACAAAUACCCUAAGUCACUUGUUAAAUAUCUAGAACAUCUAGUGUUGGAAAGAAAAAUAGAGAAGGAGAAGUACCAUACCCAUCUAGCUGUCUUGUAUUUGGAAGCAAUACUUAAGUUAAAAUCUGUGGCAACGGAUAAUUGCACAGAAACAACUGAACUGCUGUUUAAACUACGCAGUCUUCUUCAGAAAUCUGACCUUUAUAGAAUUCACUUUAUUUUGGAUAAAAUCCGAGGCACAGAUCUUCAUAUGGAAAGUGCAAUUUUAUAUGGGAAACUAGAAGAACAUGAGAAAGCUUUGCAUAUCCUGGUCCAUGAGUUAAAGGAUUUCUGUGCUGCUGAAGAGUACUGUAAAUGGAACUCUGACAGUAGAGGUCUGCAGUACAGACAGAGGCUUUUCCAUAUGCUGCUGUCAGUAUAUCUAAAUACAGGCACUUCAGACUGUGCACUAGUCAUGGCUGCUGUGGAUCUCUUGAAUAACCAUGCUUCUGAAUUCGAUGCAGCUCUAGUUUUGCAGCUGGUGCCUGACAGCUGGUCAGUGCAGCUCCUCUCCCCAUUCCUGGCUGGAGCAGUGAGGCAAAGCAUUCAUACAAAAAGAAUGACUCAGAUUACACUUGGAUUAGCACAAACUGAAAACUUAAUCUACAAACAUGAGAAGGUUAAACAAAAAGGAACCCCAAUUCUUCUUUCGGAUAAAAAGGUCUGUCAGGUGUGCCAAAAUCCCUUCUACGAACCUGUAUUUGUGAGAUACCCAAACGGGGGUAUGGUCCACACACACUGUUCUGCAAACAGACAUCUGAAUUCAAACAUGACGCAUCACUCUUCCAGCUCCAACAAUCAGACUUGAAAUAUGUUCCAGGUCCCACAAGUUCCCAUGACUUUUACACCAUUGGAAGUGGGCUGGAAAAAGAACAAAGUGCAGCUACUUUAGGUAUAAAUCAAGUUGAACAGAUUGCCCUUGGGUUAACGGGAAGACUUUAGUAAAUAUGAAAUAUGGCCACUUAUCAUCUUGUUUUCCAAUGAAUGUCGAUAGAAGAGAAAAUUCACUACCAGAAAUGGAGAGAUGCAAAUACAGGCUCUUCUGUAUAUUGUAAUAAUUAAAGAAAAUGAGCCAUUUCUUCACAGUAAAGAUGAAUGUUAGGGAGACGAGGCAAACAGCUAUUUUAAAAAAUGUCACUUUGCACUGAAUGUGGUGUUGAUAAAUUUGUAGAGGUGGAGAUAACAUCUGUGGGAGUUGGAAUUCUUGGAAUGUUACAUGACAAGACUGGCAUAAUGCAGCUUAUUAUCAAGACAAAAGUGUGUAUUGGCUAUCAUGGCUGCAGCAUGUCCUCCUUUGGGCUGGAUUCUCUUCCCUGGGAUCACAUUAUGAACUUGUUCUUUGCUCUACAAAUUGUUGGCUUUUGCACUUUUUAGUAUUUUUUUUCCCCUCUCCUCUGCUGUAUAGGGUUUAAACAAACUUAAGCACUGGUCUGUUAGGUUUCUACUCUUACAGUUAAUGUAAUAAACUCAAUGGGAACUGAUAGCCUCAGUCACAGGUGUGCUUGAGAAAGAUGAAGUCAGAUUGGUCAGACUGUAGUCACUUUUAUAUGGGGGAAGAGACUUUAAUAUUGACUUAUUUAUUAAUAUGCAAAUAUACUGUACAUACAAGUUGAAUAAAUUGAUCUUAUCAUAGAAUUUUUUUGGUGGAUAAAGAUGUAGCUGAAUGUAAGUGUACAGGUUAUGUGAUGAACAUUUGCUGUAACAUAAACAGCCUGGAACUCCACAAGAAUAAAUAUUAGUACUUGUGGAUGACUUUGUGCAAUCAGAAUCCUGGAAAGAGAAGACUUAAUUGGGAAGAUGUCUGCAAAGGUGCACUACAGUGUUACUGCCUUUGGUGUAUUUUACUAAACAUUCUGUAAAUUAGUACUUCUCAACAACGACAAAAUCACUUUCCUUACUGCCCUGAUAAGUAUUCACAAUGCUAUUUAACCAUUUAUAAAGCAAUCAGUUUAAAAGAGGCUGUUUCCCACAAGAGAGAGCUAGAAACAAAGAUUUUUAAUUAAAACUUGAGUAUUUAAAAGUCAAAGUAUUUCUCUUAAUUCUGUAAAGCUCUAAUAAAUUUCAAGCUUACUGAACAACGCACAGUUGAAAGAGUCAGCAUGGCUUGCUGUUUUAGCAUUACAAAUUGGAGUUCAGACUUUCAGCAAAAUGGGAUAGCUGCCCAGUAUCUUCUAGACGCAAUCUCAGCAUAGGUCUUCUGUUACAGAAAGGCUGGCUCAUGAAACAGCCUUGUAAACCUAGUGCUGCAUCCAGGAAGAAGCAACCAGAUGGCAUCCAGGAAAAAAACAAUCUGUAUCUUUGUCUUGGAAACAAAAGUUCUUUGGAUUUUUCCUUCCUUCCUGAGUUUGAUAUUACAGCAGUUGUGUAGGGUAAAAAAAAGUUGAAGUAAGGAAUUUCAGCACUUUCUACUAAGAUGUGAGCUAUGUUUAGUGAAAAGCUCCAAAAAAGGACAUUUGUGGGCAUUUUUGGCUUAAUUCUGGCAUGAGUGUUUCUCCUGUGUUGUGUCAAUGUGAACAGAAUCUUCUGUGUUCAUGGCUUUUAAACAUUAUAUUCAAACAGCAAUGACGAAAUAAGCAAAUUACAGUUCCGCUAUACUUAAAGCAUUGACUGAUAGAGAGGAAUUGACUUUACAAAGAUCUGAUAAGCCUUUUGUGUAUAGUAGAAUGCAAUUCAUAGGAAAUAUUUUCUUUUGCUGCAAACAUCCUCAGCAUACCCUUUGUUUCGAUUUGAUAAGGACAUAAAGCAAACAUCAUUAUCCAUGAUUAAGGCUAAUUCUAGCCACUAGGUAGUGGUGAACUUGUCAGCUAGUCUUGUCAGCUAGUAUUGCAGAUGAAUAGAGCUCAUAUCAUUCCAGACUACAAGGUAAGUUCUUAAAUUGUUACUGCAUAAGAAGGUGUGGCAUUAAUAUUUGAUGUUCUCUAAAUAUGCAUUUUGGCUAAAAUGCAGCAGUAACUCAUAUCUAAUUAUACAUAUAGAACAAAUACAGAAAUCAGGAUAAAGUAGCACAUUUGCAAUCAUAGAUGUCCAAAAGGAUGAUUAAUAUUAAAGUUUGAGGUUCUAAUUCUUUUAGUCCUCCCCAGGAAUGUGGAUUAAAAAAGUACUAAUACUUAAUUUAAUUCAUGCAUUGUUACCUAUUUUUUUUAUUAAGUUUUAUACUAGAACUUACUUGGAUGAAUUCAUAUGAAAAGCCUGCAAUAAUAAAACAAAAAGCAAAGAACUGGUAGAGCAAGAGCAGUCAGGUGGGUAGGACAGUGGCCAGGGAGGGGGCAGUGAAGGGGCUGCUCCAGUGUGUUUUUACAGCACUUGGAACAACUGGGAUCGCACUCCACAGGAGGAGGUGACUGCCCACAUGAAAGUGUGUGGUGGCCUAUAUUUUAUCAUCAGAAACCUUAUGGAAGGUGUCUAUGUUACAUUCCCUUAGGUAGGAUAAGUGCAACACCAUUUGGGUAAGAGUAUUUUCAACUGGAGAAACUGAGUUCAUUCCUCCUCCUCUUUUUCUUCCCCUUCUUAAACUGUCAAUUUGCUCAUUCGUGUUUUGUGUGCCUGCAGUCCUGGGCCAGCAUUGUUACUUAGGUAAGUUGUUCUGAUAUACCUACAGUUGUAGUGAUGGAAUAGUAAUCUAGUUAUUAAUUGCUGACUGGAUUCAUGAAGGAGGUGAGGCAGAAGAGAAGGAAUAUUUCUUUGAUCAUGUUCUGAGCUUUGAAAUGAAGUGGACUCGUGCUCUGGGAGUUUAAGCUUGAAUGUGGUCUUUUUCUCUCCAGUUAGGGUGUGUUGUCUUAGAUAUGCCCUUGGGGAAGAGGUUCAAUCAGAAUAUUUCUUAAUUUAGCUUUUGCUGUAGUGAUUUCAUGUAUCUUUCUUUUAUGCCACUUAAUUCAUCUCACUAAGCUUUUCUUCCAGUGAGUCCCCUGGACUUUGUUGCCUAGAAUUUCGAAACCGAAACAGCACUGCAGUAGAGGUGUGUUUUUGUUAUUUUUAAUGUGACAGACUCUGUGAUUCAAGAUGUAACAGAUGAGGUUAGUCUCUCAUAUCGCGUUUGCAAGUGUCAAGAGAUGUUUACUUAACUUGUAACUUCUAAUUACAGAAAUACUGCAACUGACUUCCUUGGCCAUUCUGUGUUAUGGUGGCCGAUACAUGCAAAAAGCACAGGUUAAACCCUUUUCUCCCUCUUUCACAUUUCUGAUCUUCCUGUCAUAAAAAUUACCUAUAAAGUGUUUAUCUUCUGCACGGUUUCCCCCCCCCCCCCCCAUCUGUUUAAGGCAAAAAGAGAGGAAAAAUACAAACAGACAUUGCUGAUCAGAAUCUGCCACUCUGUUCAAAUUAAGAUAAACAGCUCUACGUGUAUGGUGAUAGUUUGUUGGAUCUUUCUCUGAUUUAGAGAUAAGCAUCAUGUCAGUAAUGUUACCGGCACGAUGAUCUUAGUCAUGAGAAAAGAGCAAUUACUUUUUGUUAGAGAAAGCACACAAUAUGUACCUAUAAACUGACUCCUUCAGGCAACCUGCACUGUGGUGGCUUAAGUUGUGCACAAAAAUCCUGGUUACACUGAACUUCUCUCUUUACUCCCUGCCACUCCCAACCUGAAAAAAUGCCUUCCAACUUGUGUUAUCUGAUUAAUGUCACUUUUUUUUAAUCACUUAAUUGACAUGGGUGUGAAUCUUGAAUUCUGGGUGGACUCCUCAGGCCCAUCUGUCUUUGUUCAAUAAGAUGUCACUUUAUUACAUGAACAAUGUGAAAUCCUAAUAUCUUCAGCUAUAGAUGAGCGGUAGGGAUGGAAUAUGGAUAUGUUUUCUGAGACCUUUAUUACAUAUUUGAACAUACAAGCAUUAUCCUGACUCUGCUUAAUCUUUGUAACAAAAUGUUCUUUGCAGGAUUCUUAUCCUGAAUGACUUUAAGAAACAUUAUUUUAUACAAUUGUACUAAGAAGACAUUUUUUAUUACUCUUCCCAGUUUGCUUCAGCCUUUAUUCGGUGUAGAUUUAAGUCUUUUAUUACAUCCUACUGCUUAUAAUACUAUAGGCAGUAACUAAUACAUUUUCACUGAGCUGUUCUCCUGUUGCCUGUAUUUACUAGUUAAUAUUUCUCCUGCAAUAGAACUUUAGGGCUUAUGCCCUGUGAACACUGAUUAUUAAAAUGUGCUGCUACUUUUAAAGAGAAAAGGAGGAAAAAAAAGUUAAUGACACCUAUAAUGUGUGACUGAUUACACAGCUGAAGCUGCACUGCAGUAAGGUAGUUCAAAUGGAAAUCUUUACUGUUAAUGCUUUCUGAAUUAAUGGUUACGUUGGUGAAAAUAUACAGCAGUAUGUAGAAUGUACAAAUAUAUAAAUAUGUUGAUUUUUAAUAAAAUCUUUUAAUUACA